AUGACAUUUAAUUUCAAUAGUAUUCGACAAAUUGGUUACUACACACCGACUUAUUCAAAUUCACCUAAUAUAAAACGAAAUCAACAUUUACUGAGUCAUUAUCAAUCGGAAUCACAUGGAUUAAACUGUUUCUCAUCAUUACAUUUGACCCAUGAUCAUGGACACACCAUUCUUAAUACGGUAGAUAUGAAUCUGAAUAAUUAUAAUCAUAAAUUAAAUAGAAGAAAUCUACCAAACAAUAAUAAUCAUAUUCAUAAUAAUAAUAAUCGUGUACGAAUUAAUCAUACACUUGAUGGAAAAACACAAAUUAUCCAUGAAACACCAAGUAGAACACGUCAGUAUUGGUUAGAUCGACGUAAAUUACCAAGCACCAAUCGUAUUGACAAUAAUGAUAAAUACGAUUUCAAUAUGAACACUGAUAAUACAAUGAUUUCAAACAAGCUCACCUCAAUUAAAACAAACCGUUCAAUGUCCAAUGAUCAAUUUCAAACAGCUUCCAGUACAAAAAUGACCACUAAAACUUAUCCCAAUAAAGCUGAAUGGAAAUCAUUGGGAGUGAAAUUGAACAGUCCAUUUGUGGAUAAAACCUGUAAAAAAAAUAAAUUAAAUACUGAUAUGCAUUUGUUUGAAUUAACUGAAAAUGAAUUUAUUUUAUUGGAAUUAGAUCCAAGUGUAAAUUUCUUAAAUUCAAACAUAAAAACCGAUGAAAUCAAAGGAGUUGACAACAAAAUACUUUCAAAUUUCAAUAAGAAAACUGAACAACACGGAACGCUAUCAAUAUGUCAACCGAUUGAAAAUAAAACCGAUCAAGCUAUUUUAUCAUCGUCUAUGAAUUCAAAAAUUCAAAAUACCGGACAAUUUCAACACAACGAACAUUCACAUCCAGAUCAAUUGGAUUAUGAUAAUCAGCGUAAGUAA